CCAGCAUCUACAGACACUUGAGUCUUCAUAGAGCAGAUACCCAGGCUUUCCUGUACACACCACGGUAACCAGAAGCAGUGUACUGUCUGCUGCCCAGAGAGAAUGGAAUACCAUACUGACUCAAUCUGAUGCUCAGUGAUUGUGACAGACCUGUGGAGUUAGAUUUGUGCACAAUUUCCUAGCAACACAAGAGCCCGUACAGUCGGCAAUGGAGGCAGUGAUGCAAGCAGCAAGGAGCUCUCCCGGGAAUAGAAGUCUGAAACGGCUCCAGACCUGUGCAUUAUUAUGGGGGAUGCUUCUCCUGUUUGCCAUUCCAUCAGCGGAAACGUGGAAACAGAAUCUUCCCAGACUCAAGCUUUCCCAUAAAGAUCUGCUGAUCUCCAACAGCUGCAUCCCAUUUCUGGGAUCUGCUGAGGGUUUCGAUUUCCAGACCAUUCUGAUAGAUGAGGAGAGAGGGAAACUGCUCCUGGGAGCCAAGGAUCACAUCUUCCUGCUCAACUUGGAUGAUCUCAACAAAAACAUAAGGAAGAUUCAUUGGCCUGGAAGCAAGGAAAGAGUGGAACUGUGCAGAUUAACCGGGAAACAUCCCUUUAGAGACUGUGCAAAUUUCAUCAGAGUCCUUCACAAUUAUAACAAGACCCACACAUACGUCUGUGGUACCGGAGCAUUUCACCCAAUGUGUGCCUUUAUCGAGAUGGGACCCCGGGCAGAGGAGCCUGUGUUUCAGCUGGAACCACACAGUCUUGAGUCUGGGAGAUUGAAAUGCCCCUUUGACCCUUUGCAACCUUUUGCUUCAGUGCUAACAGAUGAAUACCUUUAUGCUGGUACUGCAUCCGACUUCCAUGGCAGAGACACUGUGUUCACUCGCUCUCUGGGGCCACCUUUCAACCAGAACUACAUUCGCACUGACCUCUCCGAGCACUACUGGCUCAACGAAGCCAAGUUCAUUGGAGCCUUUCCCAUUCCUGACACCUACAAUCCAGACGACGAUAAGAUAUACUUUUUCUUCCGAGAGGCCACAGAGGACAGCCGCACUUCUGACAGAACCAUUUUCUCCAGGGUUGCCCGUGUCUGCAAGAACGAUGCUGGAGGACAGCGCAGCCUUAUCAACAAGUGGACCACCUUCCUGAAAGCUCGUCUGGUGUGUUCUGUCCCAGGUCCCGAUGGAGUGGACACCUAUUUCGACGAACUACAGGAUGUGUUUCUGCUCCAGACUAGAGAUCAAAGGAACCCUCUUGUAUACGGAGUCUUCACUACCACAAGUUCGAUCUUUAAGGGCUCGGCAGUGUGUGCCUACAGCAUGGCUGAUAUCCGUGCUGCUUUCAAUGGGCCCUACGCUCACAAGGAAGGUCCUGACCAUCGCUGGGUUGAGUAUGAGGGACGAAUCCCUUACCCACGCCCCGGGACGUGUCCCAGCAAAACCUAUGAUCCCUCGAUAAAGUCCACGAAAGAUUUCCCGGACGAGGUGAUCAGUUUUAUCCGCUACCAUCCAGUGAUGUUCAAGUCUGUGCACCCAAUGACCACAAAGCCUGUCUUCACCAGGAUCAACGUCGACUACCGACUGACGCAGAUCGUGGUGGACCACGUGGCUGCUGAAGAUGGACAGUAUGAUGUCAUGUUCCUUGGCACAGAUAUUGGAACAGUUUUAAAAGUGGUGAGUGUCACAAAAGAAAACUGGGUCACCGAGGAAGUGGUACUGGAGGAACUGCAGGUGUUUAAGGGUCAUUCUCCAAUAUUGAACAUGGAAAUCUCUUCCAAACAGCAACAGUUGUACAUCGGCUCCAGGGAUGGGUUAGUCCAGCUCUCGCUGCACCGUUGUGAUAUCUACGGCAAGGUCUGUGCCGAGUGCUGUCUGGCCAGAGACCCUUACUGUGCCUGGGAUGGUAACUCCUGCUCCCGCUACAUGCCAGCAUCCAAGCGGCGCACAAGACGUCAAGAUGUGAAGCAUGGAGACCCAAUAAGUCAGUGCUGGGAUCUGGAAGAAAGUAUGAACAAGGAGAGUGAAGAGAAGCUGAUCUUCGGCAUUGAGUUCAACUCCACUUUCCUGGAGUGUAUCCCCAAAUCUCAACAAGCAUCGAUCCAGUGGCUUGUUCAGCGGUCCGGGGAUGACCAUCGGGAGGAGAUAAAAACUGAUGAACGGAUCGUCAAAACUGAGCACGGCCUCCUGAUCCGAAGCCUGGACAGGAAGGAUGCUGGACUUUACCUCUGCAGAGCCGAAGAGCAAUCAUUCUCCCACACCAUCGUCAGGCUGGACCUGAAGGUCAUCGAGAACGAGCAGAUGGAGAGUGCCCAGAAGGCUGUGGAGGAGGAGGCCAAGAGCAGGGACUUUGUCACCGAGUCGCGGCUGAGGUACAAGGAUUACGUCCAGCUGUUGAGCAGUGCCAGUUUCACCGUGGAUGACUACUGCGAGCAGCUGUGGCACCGUGAGAAGAGGCGGCAGAGGAACAAGGGCGUCGGGAAGUGGAAGCACGUGCAGGAGAUGAAGAAGAGCAGGAACCGGCGGCAUCAUGCCUAGGCUGAGGCUCGCCGGGGAGAACUCGAGCUUUCGACCGAGCAGGCAAAGCCCCUCAGACACUCCACACGGUGCUGGAGUGUGAGCAAUAAAUAAGGCCUUCUGCCCUGACACAACAUGCUCAGAGGAUCAACACUGAGGCAGACCCUCUGACGGUCCAGUUGCAUUCUUCUCUAAGGCUGCCUUCUAUCGAACUUACAACAUUCGGCCCAACAGACGACAACGCUUUCCUGCUCUGCAAGGUUCUCCCUUCACCUCACAUUUCACAUACAGCUCUUCGCCAUCAAACUCUUCACUGGAGGACGUGCUCCAGGCAACCAUUCCUCAAGGUUGCAAUAUCACUCUGCUUCACUGUACCCUGAGGAAACAUCAGUGGGGACGUUCGGAAGUGGUGGUCAUUUUUCGGACUGAAUGGCAGGUUUGUAGUUGGUGAUUUGAGUGUUGGAUUGUUGCCAUAAAUUUAGUUUUGCUUCAUGACCCGUUUCUGGACAGUGCAAGAAGUCACCAGAAAUCUAUUGGCUCCCAUUCCAGGAUUCAGUGACAAAUGGUGAUAAUUACUGAACACAUUCUGUCAGCUUCCUCAUCAACAUCAGCCCAGUAUAGUGGAACAACACGAUUUUAUUCUUUAUUCUGUAAAUCGUUUGUGGUAUUUAUGCAUGUAACUUCUUAAAUGUCAGCAGAGGACGAAUCUUACACAACCUUUCUCACAGUUGGUUGUGGCGUAAGAUAAUUACUGUGCUUCUACCGUGUAAAAGCUUUGAUGGUGUUCCUGUUUUAAUACUGGACAAGAAUGCCAUUUCUCCUUAAUGUGUUGGCUGGUGGGGGCCAGAAAAUCUUUUUUGGAGGGGUGGGCAAGCAGAAAGCUUGGGGAUACGACAGCCGAGGACCUCAGCUAUGCUGCACCUGUUUGUGUUUGCAGUUCCCUGAGGAAGCAGUUGGUUGUCACAGGGGAAGGAGUGGACAGAUGUCUGACAUUUCAUUAGGGUGAAGGAAGGGAAGGAGACAAAUCCAGCAGGAAGACUCAGAUUACCAUGGGUGCUGUGUGUCCUCUCAGGAGAGACCCUCCGAAUGGGGCCCCUGUUGACGAGGGGGUUUGGAAAGUCCUUUCAGGAUGAGCAAAUAAAUGGGUUGCAGAGGUGAAAUAACUGGCAGAACUGGCUUGACAGUUAGUAAUUCCACUUCCCAAUCACCGUUGGCCAUUCGGUGUUAUUGUUUACUUUUCUGUAGAUAUUAUAAUGAAUUUAGCAAACCCGUUUUAGCUCAAAUGUAUACAGAAAAGUUUUACCAGGCAUUAGAGUUUCAGCAAGGGACUGGUGCACUGGAGUAUAUGUCACUGAAAAAUAAAUUCCCUGAUCUUCAGCUCAUUAUUUUCUUAUUUACAAUAGUUGAGACUUCUGACAGGCUUUUUAUUGUUUAGCUGAGGUAUGAUUUUCUUGAAAUGUCAUCUACAAACAAAUGAGAUUUAAGAUCAUUGACAGCCCGCAACUAUUCAGCCAAGGAAAUGAUCUAACGUUUCCCUGCUGAGUACUGCUGGCACUCCAGAGUAGUUGUCUCUCAGUUCUGACUCCUUGAAUGGCUCCUAUCAGGGUGGGGAGCUCAGCGUGAUGCUGAAAGAUUGUCUCCUCUGGGUCCCAGGAACAACAUUGUCUAUUGAGUGAGAACUUCCAGCUCAUUAAGAAGGGAUCACUCAUGCAAAUGAGCAGUAAGGUCAGAUUGUCCAUCCCUUUUGCCUGGUGUUUGUUGAUAAUUGUUAAAUAUUCUGUUCAGACCAUUGACAGAUCGGGCAGGCCUGAUGGAUUGAGUGACCUAUUCCCACCCCUAAGUUGUGUAUCCUUCCAGUUCUGAAAUUUAAUGGUUUACUUUCAUAUAAUAUUUCUCACAGAGAAGGAGGCCAAUCAGCCCAUCAGGUCUAUACCAGCUCUCACCACAGUCCUAUUCCCCCACCUUUCCCUGUAACCUGUGGAGGAAAACGGACAGCUGACGUUUCAGGUCAAGACCCUUCAUCUGGAAGGAUCUCAACACAAAACAUUGACUGUCCAUUUCCCUCCACAGACACAGCCUGACCCACUGAGUUCCUCCAGCAACUCAUUUUUUGCUCCAGAUCCCAGCGUCUGCAGUCUCUUGUGUCUGCAUUUCCCUGUAACCUGUUCUCUCGCACAUACCCAUUAACCUCCUGAACUUCCUACCUCUCACCCACACACCAGGGGCAAUUUACAGCAGCCAAUUAACUUACCAAUCUGCACGUCUUUGGGAUGUGGGAGGAAGCCGGAACACCCGGGGGAAACCCAUGCGGUCACAGGGAGAACGUGCAAACUCCACAGACACAGCAGCAGCGGUCAGGUUCGAACCUGGCUGACAGGAACUAUGAGACAGUGUCAUGACCUGCAAUACCACUGUGUCAUCUGAUCAGCACUAAUUCAGCCAACCCAAGCUUUAAGGAGAGGCAUAAUUCACCACCCCUCCAUAGACCAAUAAUCUUAAAUCAGGUGUGUGGUCAGUGUUUGUCAAAACUUAAUGGAGAUAAUUGUCAAAUAAAGACGGUGACUUGCUUCAUGGCUUUGGAAGGAGGAGGCAGGUGCGUGACACCUGAAUUGUGGUCGGGUUGCUGUUGUCCUUUCCAAAUCUCCUUCUGUAGGGGAUGUCCUGGGAGCAGAUCAGAUUGUGCCACUCUCCUGAAAGCAGCCCAGAUAGGUCAAAGUCAAAGUUGAGUUUACUGUCAGAUGCACAAGUCCAUGUGUGCACAGGUGUAAUGAAAAACUUACUUGCAGCAGCAUCACAGGCACAGAGCAUCAGAUAAGCAGCAUUCACAAGAAAAACAUACAUUAAACAUAAAUUUAUCAUAAUUUUUACCAGAAAGAAUAUAAUUAGAACAACAAAAAGUCCAUUUUAGUGCAGUGAUCAAAGUGGUCAUAGUGUUGCUAAACUGCAGUGAUUAGGGUUGUGCCAGCUGGUCCAAGAACUGAAUGGUUGAAGGGAAGUAGCUGUUCCUGAACCUGGUGGUGUGGGACUUCAGGCUUCUGUACCUCCUGCCCGACGGGAGCUGUGAGAAGAUGGCACGGCCCGGAUGGUGGGGAUCUUUGAUGAUGGAUGUUGCCUUCUUGAGGCAGCGCCUCCUGUAGAUACUCCCGAUGGUGGGGAGGGAUGUGCCCGUGAUGUAUUGGGCUGAGUCCACUACUCUCUGCAGCUUCUUACGUUCCUGCGUAUUUGAAUUGCCGUCCCAGACCAUGAUGCAACCUGUCAGGAUACCUUCAACAGUACAACUAGAACAUAGAACAUAGAAAACCUACAGCACAAUUCAAGCCCUUCAGCCCACAAAGCUGCGCCGAACAUGUCCCUACCCUAGAAAUUACUAGGCUUACCCAUAGCCCUCUAUUUUACUCAGCUCCAUGUACCUAUCCAACAGUCUCUUGAAAGACCCUAUCGUAUCAGCCUCCACCACCGUUGCCGGCAGCCCAUUCCCCGCAUUCACCACUCUCUGAGUAAAAAACUUACCCCUGACAUCUCCUCUAUACCUAGUCCCCAACACCUUAAACCUAUGUCCUCUUGUGGCCACAAAUUCAGCCCUGGGGAAAAGCCUCUGACUAUCUACCCUAUCAAUACCUCUCAUCAUCUUAUACACCGCAAUCAGGUCCCCCCUCAUCCUCCGUCUCUCCAAGGUGAAAAGGCCGAGUUCCCUCAACCUGCUUUCAUAAGGCAUGCUCCGCAUCCCAGGCAACAUACUUGUAAAUCCUGUAGAAGUUUGUUAGUGUUCGGUGACAAGCUGAACCUCCUAAGAAAGUGAAGAUGCUGGUGCACCUUCCUUAUGAUUGCAUUUAUGUGCUGGGCCCAGAACAGGUCGUCUGAUAUGUUAACGCCCAGGAAUUUAAAGCUGCUGACUCUCUCCACCACCGAUUCCCCCAGUGUAGACUGGCGCAGGUUCACCCUCCUUCCCCUUCCUGAAGUCAACAAUCAGCUCUUUGUUUUUACUGAUGUUGAGCGAGAGAUUGUUGUUGCGGCACCACUCAGUCGGGUGUCCUAUCUCGCUCCUGUACACUGACUCAUCACCGCCUGUGAUUCGUCUGACGACAGUGGUGUAGGGUUCUUCAAAGGAAGAAAGUAUCAGCGCACCAUUCCCAUUUCAAGAGUGAUAUCUUGAAAGGAUAAGAUUCUUUCAUGUAAAGAUGUUAAAUAUAGCGUG